UAAAAAAAUAAAAGACAUUUUCAACUCAGAGGAUUCAGUGAGGAUGAGUGAAAAUUCAUACACAUACGUGGGUGGAACACCCAAAAAUACCGUGCAAUUUACGAUUAACGGAGUUCUCCACACCAUCAAUGAGGACAUCCACCCGGCGACGUCUCUCAACGUAUUCAUAAGGGAUAAUGCUCUUCUCCGGGGUACAAAGGCAAUGUGCCACGAGGGUGGCUGUGGGGCUUGCAUUGUGGCUGCCGAAAUUCACGGAGAAACUCUAGCCGUUAAUUCCUGCCUCGUUCCCGUUCUCAUUUGCAAUGGUUGGAGAAUCAAGACUGUCGAGGGGAUAGGGAAUAAGAAGAUGGGGUACCACAAGAUUCAGUCGACCCUCGCUGGAAUGAACGGCUCUCAGUGCGGCUAUUGCUCUGCUGGAAUGGUCAUGAACAUGUACAGUUUAAUCCAGGGUAAGAAGAACACAAUGAAGGAGAUCGAGAAUUCCUUUGGUAGCAAUAUUUGUCGUUGCACUGGGUAUCGUCCCAUCCUGGAGGCUUUCAAGAGUCUAGCCAGCGAUGCCGAGACUUCGAUGCUCCAGAGUGUCCAGGACAUUGAGGAUCUGUACACCUCGAAGAAAUGCCCCAGGUCGGGGGAGCCAUGUAGAGCCAUGUGCCAAGACCUCGAGGAAUUGACGAUUAUUGAGGAAAUUCACAUGGUGCUUGGUAACAUCAAGUUUCAUAAAGUACUCGACUUGGAUAAUUUGUUUGCAGUAUUCACGAAUAAUCCCCAUGCAACAUAUGUUCUCAAUGGUGGCAACACAGCACACGGUGUUUAUCGGUUGGAAAAGCCAGAAAUCUACAUAGACUUGAAUGACAUCAGUGAUCUGCGCAGAGUCGAAAAAACCGCGGAGAAUCUAAUUUUCGGUGGCAAUGUUACCCUGUCGACAGUGAAAAAUACAUUCAUUGAAUUCUGCGAGGAGUCUGGCUUCCAUCAUCUUCGUCAAAUGGCAGAUCACGUGGAUCUCAUUGCCAGUGUACCAGUGCGCAAUACAGGUACCAUUGCUGGGAAUCUGAUGAUAAAACACCAACACAAGGAGUUCCCUUCGGAUCUCUUCCUCAUAUUCGAAACAGCUGGCGCGGAAAUACACAUUCUUGAAUCACCCGGACAGAAGCGAGUUGUUAACUUCAUGGACUUUCUCAAUACCGAUAUGAAUCAUAAAAUCAUCUACAGCGUAUUGCUCCCAGCACUGAGUGCCGAUCAUAUUUACAGAUCGUACAAGAUAAUGCCAAGAGCCCAGAAUGCACAUGCCCUCGUGAAUGCUGGAUUUCUCUUCAAGUUGGAUGCAGCUGGAAUGGUGCUGGAAAAGCCUAACAUAAUUCUUGGUGGAGUCAGACCUGAUUUUCUGCACGCUAAUAAAACCGAAGAUUACCUCACCGGUAAAUCCGUAUUAGACAAGAAUAUUUUCAAGGAAGCCAUAGAAAUCUUCACUUCGGAAGUCAUUCCUGAUCAUGUUCUACCGGAUUAUUCUCCAGAGUUCAGGAUGACUCUUGCGCAGGGAUUGUUCUACAAGUUUGUCCUGAGCCUGAGGCCCGAAAAUAUUGAUGAGAAAUUACGCAGCGGAGGUACAAUGCUGAAGCGUGGGCUCUCAUCAGGAAAAUGCGAUUAUGAAACAGACGAGAGUCUCUGGCCGUACAACAAACCAAUCCCUAAGAUUGAAUCAAUCUAUCAGACUUCCGGUGAGGCACAGUACGUCAACGACAUUCCACCCCAACCGCAUCAAGUAUUUUGUGCAUUUGUAGUAAGUCAAGUCCACAGUGGCACCAUCGCCAGCAUCGACACCACUGCAGCACUGGAAAUUGAAGGUGUUGUAGCAUUUCUAUCAGCAAAAGAUAUACCAGGAAAAAAUCGCAGUAUUGAUUCAGCAAAUCAGUCUUUCAUAGCCCCAAAUGACGAAUUGCUUCUGGUUGAAGACGUUGUGACCUCCGUUGGUCAACCAAUCGGUAUAAUUUGUGCUGAUACUCAGCUUCUCGCUCAUGAAGCUGCGCAAAAGGUCAAAGUCCAUUACACAGAUGUACCUAAUGAAAAGCCGAUCCUGACAAAUCAAGAUGCCAUUGAUCGUGGUGAUAAGGAGAGGAUCAAAGAAUGCGUUAAUAUUCCGGCGACGAGAAAAGGUGAUAGUCCCAUUCACCAAGUAAUCAAGGGAACAUUCAAUUGUGGAACUCAAUAUCACUUUACGAUGGAGCCGCAAUCCUGCGUCUGCAUCCCAACGGAGGAUGGCAUUGAUGUCUAUCCAGCGACCCAAUACAUCGAUCUAGUGCACCUAUCGAUAGCUUCCUGUCUGGCCAUUCCAAAUAAUAAAAUUAACGUACGUGUCAGACGACUGGGUGGAUCCUACGGUGCAAAACUAGUAAGGAACAUCUCCGUAUGCUGUGCUUGUGCUGUUGCAGCACAGGUUCUGAACCGUCCGGCACGUUUCAUCAUGACCAUCGAGAGUAACAUGACAACAAUAGGAAAAAGAUUUCCAGUCAAGCAUGAUUACGAGAUCGGUGUUGAUGCCGAUGGUGUUAUCCAGUACUUGAAUCAGAAAACAUGGCACAAUACUGGUUGCUCAUUCAAUGAUCCCAUUGCAUUUCAGAGUGUGGCACAUGCUUAUUCGUGCUACGAUAAAUCGGUGUGGAAUUCUGUAGCUCACGAGGUACGAACUGAUAUUCCAUCAAAUACGUAUGCGAGAGCACCAGGUUCUACCGAAGGAAUUGCAAUGGCGGAAAAUAUGAUGGAGCACAUAGCUCACACACUGGGAAAGGAUGCCUUGGACGUGCGUCUGAAUAAUAUGUUGCCAGAGCACAAAACUGAGUUGAAUAAAAUGAUAAAUGAUAUCAAAGCAACAUCGGACUACCACACACGCGUCGAAGCUGUCAAUCUCUUCAAUAAGGAGAAUCGAUGGAAGAAGCGAGGAAUUAAUUUAACAGCUAUAAUGUAUCCACACGCAAUGUACGGCCACUGGAAUGCUCUUAUGACAGUUUACCCAAUGGAUGGUACUGUAGCGAUUCUUCAUGGGGGAAUUGAUGUGGGUCAGGGAAUCAACACUAAGAUAACGCAAGUUGUUGCUUAUACCCUGGGGAUCGAUGUCGACAUGAUUAAUGUUAAGGCGACAGACAAUUUUGCUGCACCCAGUAAUUGCACUAGUGGUGGCAGUAUGACUUGUGAAUGUGCAGCAACUGCUGCAAUAGCAGCUUGUCAACAACUUCUCACGCGUCUACAACCGGUGCGAGAAAAAUUGGGGAAUCCCACGUGGGAGGAACUCACUGCGACUGCGCACGCAGAAGAUAUUAAUCUCUGCGUUCAAGUAAUGUCGUCAUUCAAUGCAUCGAAUCCCUAUUCGAUUUACGGUGUAACAGUCAGCGAAGUGGAGAUCGAUAUAUUAACAGGACAGCAUCUUGUUCAGCGAGUGGAUAUUCUGCAGGAUGUUGGCACCAGCAUGAAUCCUGAUAUUGACAGGGGCCAGGUGGAGGGUGCGAUGGUCAUGGGCAUGGGAUAUUGGACCUCUGAGGAUCUUAUCUACGACCCAAAUACUGGGAUUCUAGCUAACAAUCGAACUUGGAAUUACAAACCACCUGGAGCCAAAGAUAUACCUGUCGAUUUCCGCGUCACGAUGAGGAAGACACUAAAUCCUGUUGGCGUACUCGGCGCGAAAGGAGUUGGUGAACCACCUCUCAGUAUGAGCUACUCCAUCCUCCUGGCUAUAAGACACGCCCUGAAUUCAGCUCGAAAAGACGCAGGUGACAAUGGCGCCUGGUAUCAACUUGAUGGACCAGCGACAACCGAAAAAAUACUCCUGACGAGUCUCACCAGCAAAGACCAGAUGAUUCUAUAGUCCAGGCACAUCUGGAAUUCUCAACUUAUCACAUGUUUUAUCAAAUAGAAUAUUGAAUUCGAAGUUAAUCAGUAUUAAUAAUAUAGUACAGAUAAUAGGGGAAUGAAUAAAAGUUCAAUAACAGUUCAAUGCCGAUAAUUUUGUAGUGAAUUGAAUAAAAGGAUUUGAUGUAAUCAAUUAUCAAUAUUAUCGAUAGGAUGAAAUUCUCGGGGUAUAGAACGUGGAAAAAUCAUGGCAAUUGCAGUUUUGAUUUGUCAUUACAA